AUGCCGUACGUGCUCCUGCAUCUGCACAAUGGCUGGCAGGUAGACCCGGCCAUUCUUUCUAAGGUGGACCGCGUGGUUGUCAUUCAGCUCGGGCACGGCUGGGACCCCACCUGCAUGAAGAUGGACGAGGUUCUGUACAGCAUCGCUGAAAAGAAAUGGAAGAUAGUGGGAGGUCUUCCUCAUCUGUUAUGAGCCCUGUUUGGAUAUCCCAGCU